AUGACUACAGUCAAGAACUCAUCGGAAACAUUGAUCACCAAUGGAUGCACUACCAUAUUUACACGAGAGCUGAACAGUCUGACGGACAUAAAACAAAUCCGUGAAUGUUUGCAUCGUUUAUUUUCUACCAGCUUACCUGAUUCUUACCGGAUUGUAUACUAUGAUCAAAACACUUCCAUGUUUGCGGAUCUUGAGGAUCAAUUACAACAGGGAUUGAGUCCAUUUCCAGUCAUCUCAUCAGCGAAUAUCGAAGAUAGAACAAAUGUAUUGCAUAAUAUUCAUCUGUACAUCACGAGAGAUUCGAUAACCAAUCCAGAUAUUCUUUGCCAACUUAAACUUGGUAUUGAUGACAAUUCUCUAAAUAGUGAAAUUUAUAUCGAAUCACACAAAAAUCGUGGAAUGAACUUUUCGAACAAAUUGGUACCAUAUGUUCAUACAGAUCUGUCUGAAACUAAACAUGUCACCCAAGACAGCGGUGCACUGAAUCUUAGAAAACGUACAUCUAAACCAAAUCUGAAGUCCAUAUCAACUGUCGAAAGUAGUCCAUCAGAUAGACUAUUCUUUUCGUUAGAUGUCAAGCCAAUACAAAAGAACAUCUACCGUACUGAUCAAUUUCGUGUUGAUCCAAAUCGAUCGCACGGACAAAUUUCUCGUGUGCAAGGCAUCAAGGAAGAAAAUCAGAAAAUGCUCCGAGUGUUACCACGAGUUCGAAUUCCGUUAAAAUAUCAAAAUGCCGAUGUCACACUUAGUGUCUAUGUUGUAUCUGAAAUACUCGAAAAUAACGUUUGUGUAUGGUAUAAACAUGCUCAUAAAGGUUUUCUGCCGGUAAAUUAUACGGAAGAUUCCGAAAGAGUGAAUCCGAUUGAGUUUAGUUUGAAUGAUUGUCAUUUCUCACCAGAUGGAGAUUUCGAAUUAAAUCUACCGAUGAUCACUAAGUGGGAUAAAGUUUCAAAAGGGCUCUUAAAAGUUCAUGAACUCAGUAACAAAGAAGCUAGUCGUUUGCAUUCAGCUACAAACGAUCCAUAUUCACCGCGAUUGUUAUGCGUGCUGCGACAGGAUGACAAAACUCUUUGGAACACAUUUUGUCUAUCCGAUUUUAUCAGAUGUCGAAAGCCGGCAAAACGAGCCUACUCAAAACUUGCUGCAGAUCAAUUGAAAUCACCCUCAACAAAACGUCCAAAAACUAAUGAUUAA